UUCGGCGAGCCGCUCGGAGGCGGAAGUGGGAGGGGGUCGUGUGUCGCUUGAAAAAAAACCUUCAGUGAGUUCGGAGCCGGGGGGCCUCGGCGUUUCCUGUGGUACCUCCCGCUCAGCCUGAGCCAGCGCAAGGACGGGGGAAGAGGGCAGAUGGCGGCCAACAGUAACAACCUGCAGAAAGGUAUAGAUCUUGCAAGCAAAGCAGCUCAAGAAGAUAAAGCAGGAAACUAUGAAGAUGCCCUACGGUUGUACCAAAAUGCAGUGCAGUACUUUUUACAUGUUGUUAAAUAUGAAGCUCAAGGUGUUAAAGCAAAAGAGAGCCUUCGAACGAAGUGUACAGAGUACCUGGAUCGAGCUGAAAAACUGAAAGAACAUCUGCAAAAAAAGCAAAAAACCAAAAAGCCAAUUGAAGAAUCAAACACUAGUGAUGACAAAGGGAAUGAUAGUGAUGGAGAGGCUGAUAACUCAGAGAAGAAAAAAUUACAGAGUCAACUCCAAGGUGCCAUUGUUAUGGAGAAGCCAAAUGUGGGUUGGACUGAUAUUGCAGGCCUCGAAGGUGCCAAAGAAGCUCUUAAAGAGGCUGUGAUUUUGCCCAUCAAAUUUCCUCAUCUCUUUACAGGCAAAAGAACUCCAUGGAGAGGAAUCCUUCUGUUUGGUCCUCCUGGAACUGGCAAAUCUUACCUGGCAAAAGCUGUAGCAAAAGAAGCAAACAACUCGACAUUUUUCUCAAUCUCCUCCUCUGACCUGGUUUCAAAAUGGCUUGGAGAAAGUGAAAAGUUGGUAAAGAAUUUAUUUCAGCUUGCCCGAGAGCACAAGCCUUCAAUUAUCUUCAUUGAUGAGGUUGAUUCUCUUUGUGGCUCACGGAGUGAAAAUGAAAGUGAAGCUGCAAGGCGUAUUAAAACUGAAUUCUUGGUCCAAAUGCAGGGUGUUGGAGUGGAUAAUGAAGGAAUCUUGGUACUUGGAGCAACAAAUAUCCCAUGGGUUCUAGAUUCUGCUAUAAGGAGGAGAUUUGAGAAACGUAUCUAUAUCCCAUUGCCUGAUCAGGGUGCUCGUGCUAUGAUGUUUAGACUGCACCUUGGAACAACUCAAAACAGUCUGUCUGAUGAAGAUUACCGGAUAUUGGCAAAGAAAACGGAUGGAUACUCUGGGGCUGACAUCAGUAUCAUAGUGCGAGACGCUUUGAUGCAGCCAGUCAGGAAAGUUCAGUCAGCUACUCAUUUCAAGAAGGUCCGUGGUCCUUCCAAUGCUGAUCCAUGUGUGAUUGUGGAUGACCUCCUAACGCCAUGUUCACCUGGUGAUCCCAAUGCUUUGGAAAUGACGUGGAUUGAUGUUCCAGGGGAUAAGCUUCUGGAGCCUGUUGUGUGCAUGCCUGACAUGAUGCAUUCAUUAGCAAGCAUAAAACCAACAGUUAAUGACGAGGAUCUGGAAAAGCUGAAGAAGUUCACAGAAGACUUUGGUCAAGAAGGCUGAACCAUAAGAUCUUAAUUUGCACAGCAAAAUAUUUUUCUUUCCUUGUACAUCUCUCUUUUUCUAUUCACAAAUCAGUUGCAUACAAUAGUAAGUUUAUUUUUAUCAUUUUACUAUUGUAAAGUCAAGCACUGUUAUUUCCAGGUCAUGGAACUUAUUAAAUCCAACUUUAUAUAAUCUUAAUUUCUGCAUUUGCCUAUCAUAAAACUACUUCUCAUAUAAAUAUCUAGAGGUUCCAGGCUUCAAGGGCUUAGCGUGAUAUUUAAACAUUACUGGAAUAAUUGAGAAUUUUUAAAGGAACUAAGUACAUUGUGCUGAUGUCUUUAAGGAAUGUAAAGUAAUCUUGGGUAUCAUUGGAAUAUACUAGAUACUUUGAAUGGGGCGUUUUAAAUUUGCACAUAAGAUCUAAUACAUGGACUGCCCAUAUGAUUGGACCAUUUCAUCGUACUUCAGGUAGACUAAUUUCUGACUGUAAAAUAUAAACUUGAAGCUUUGUAUUGGAGAAAUUGGGAUUACUUAUUCAGUUAUUUGUAUUGAAAUAAAUAUGAAUGAAGUGAACAACUUCUAUAUAUGUAGAUUUUUUUUAUAAUGGCAACCUUGUAUUUUCUGUUUAAUUUCUGUUUAUUUGUAA